AAUGGGACCUCAAACGAUUUUCACCUGCAUGCUGCUAAUAAGUGCCACUAUCUUGCAUGACCCAGCCUUUUUGGUUUAUGCAACCUCAGCCCCACUGAGUAGUUCCAUAUCACUGAGACUGGUGAAUGGACAGGACGGGUGUUCCGGUCGCGUUGAAGUCCGUUACAAAGGAAGCUGGGGAACAGUCUGUGAUGAUGCCUGGGACAUAAAUGAUGCAGAGGUUGUGUGCAGACAGCUUGAGUGUGGGCGGGCCAUUGAAGCCCCCACUAAUGCCCGGUUUGGUGAAGGCUCCGGAAGUAUUCUCCUGGAUGAUGUGCAGUGCAGAGGGAAUGAAGCCUCUCUGUUGCAGUGCUCGCACCAGGGGUGGGGCACACAUAACUGCGCCCACCGUGAGGAUGCUGGUGUCAUCUGCUCAGGUACUCAGAUUUCUAUUAGUCCAUUAGUGAGACUCAUGAAUGGACAGAAUGGAUGUUCUGGUCGCGUUGAAGUCCAUUACAAAGGAAGCUGGGGAACAGUUUGUGAUGAUGCCUGGGACAUAAAGGAUGCAGAGGUUGUGUGCAGACAGCUUGGAUGUGGGCAGGCCAUUGAGGCCCCCACUAAUGCUCGGUUCGGUGAAGGCUCCGGAAGUAUUCUCCUGGAUGAUGUGCAGUGCAGAGGGAAUGAACCCUCUCUGUUACAGUGCUCGCACCGCGGAUGGGGCAUACAUAACUGCGCCCACCGUGAGGAUGCCAGUGUCAUCUGCUUAGCUCCACCACCUACAACAAGCGAGCCCCUUACAACUGGUCCAUUAGUGAGAGUCAGGAAUGGACAGAAUGGGUGUUCCGGUCGCGUUGAAGUCCGUUACAAUGGAAGCUGGGGAACAGUUUGUGAUGAUGCCUGGGACAUAAAGGAUGCAGAGGUUGUGUGCAGACAGCUUGGAUGUGGGCAGGCCAUUGAGGCCCCCACUAAUGCUUGGUUCGGUGAAGGCUCCGGAAGUAUUCUCCUGGAUGAUGUGCAGUGCAGAGGGAAUGAACCCUCUCUGUUACAGUGCUCGCACCGCGGAUGGGGCAUACAUAACUGCGCCCACCGUGAGGAUGCCAGUGUCAUCUGCUUAGAUUACACAACACUGGAAACAGAUAACUCUUCUUCAUCCACUUUCGUGCCAGAGACCACUGGGGCAAUAUCUACCCCACAACCUCUGACUACAGCUAAUGGAGCCACUGUGGAUUACACAACACCGGAAAGAGAGAACUCCUUUUCAUCCACCACCGCACCAGAGACAACUGGAGAAAUAUCAACCCCAGAAUCACUGACUACACCUAAUGGAGCCACUGUGGAUUACACAACACCAGAAAGAGAGAACUCCUUUUCAUCCACCACCGCACCAGAGACAACUGGAGAAAUAUCAACCCCAGAAUCACUGACUACACCUAAUGAAGAUUACACAACACCGGAAAGAGAGAACUCCUUUUCAUCCACCACCGCAUCAGAGACAACUGGAGAAAUAUCAACCCCAGAAUCACUGACUACACCUAAUGAAGAUUACACAACACCAGAAAGAGAGAACUCCUUUUCAUCCACCACCGCACCAGAGACAACUGGAGAAAUAUCAACCCCAGAAUCACUGACUACACCUAAUGAAGAUUACACAACACCGGAAAGAGAGAACUCCUUUUCAUCCACCACCGCAUCAGAGACAACUGGAGAAAUAUCAACCCCAGAAUCACUGACUACACCUAAUGAAGAUUACACAACACCAGAAAGAGAGAACUCCUUUUCAUCCACCACCGCACCAGAGACAACUGGAGAAAUAUCAACCCCAGAAUCACUGACUACACCUAAUGAAGAUUACACAACACCGGAAAGAGAGAACUCCUUUUCAUCCACCACCGCAUCAGAGACAACUGGAGAAAUAUCAACCCCAGAAUCACUGACUACACCUAAUGAAGAUUACACAACACCAGAAAGAGAGAACUCCUUUUCAUCCACCACCGCACCAGAGACAACUGGAGAAAUAUCAACCCCAGAAUCACUGACUACACCUAAUGAAGAUUACACAACACCGGAAAGAGAGAACUCCUUUUCAUCCACCACCGCAUCAGAGACAACUGGAGAAAUAUCAACCCCAGAAUCACUGACUACACCUAAUGAAGAUUACACAACACCAGAAAGAGAGAACUCCUUUUCAUCCACCACCGCACCAGAGACAACUGGAGAAAUAUCAACCCCAGAAUCACUGACUACACCUAAUGAAGAUUACACAACACCGGAAAGAGAGAACUCCUUUUCAUCCACCACCGCAUCAGAGACAACUGGAGAAAUAUCAACCCCAGAAUCACUGACUACACCUAAUGAAGAUUACACAACACCAGAAAGAGAGAACUCCUUUUCAUCCACCACCGCACCAGAGACAACUGGAGAAAUAUCAACCCCAGAAUCACUGACUACACCUAAUGAAGAUUACACAACACCGGAAAGAGAGAACUCCUUUUCAUCCACCACCGCAUCAGAGACAACUGGAGAAAUAUCAACCCCAGAAUCACUGACUACACCUAAUGAAGAUUACACAACACCAGAAAGAGAGAACUCCUUUUCAUCCACCACCGCACCAGAGACAACUGGAGAAAUAUCAACCCCAGAAUCACUGACUACACCUAAUGAAGCCACUGUGGAUUACACAACACCGGAAAGAGAGAACUCCUUUUCAUCCACCACCGCACCAGAGACAACUGGAGAAAUAUCAACCCCAGAAUCACUGACUACACCUAAUGAAGCCUCUGAUCAUUACACAACACUGGAAUCAGAUUAUUCCUUUUCAUCCACUUUCACAGCAGAGAGCACUGGGGCAAUAUCUACCCCAGAAUCACUGACUACAGCUAAUGAAGUGGCACUUACAUGUCUGCCAGAAUACAUGCGUGCAGUCAUUAGAAGAGCCUACAUCAGGUCAAAAGGCUAUUUUUCAUGGAAUUUUCACUUGAAUGACCCAACUUGUAGGCCUAUGGUUACAAAAUCCCAUGUUAUAUUCCUUAUACCUUAUGAUGGCUGUGGUACAAAAAGUGAGGUAAAUAAUGGGACUAUCGACUACUCCAACACAGUCAGAGCAUCCACUUCUGAUAAUUUCAUCACCAGGGCAAAGAGUCCUCAGUUACAUUUCACCUGCAGAAUGAACGAGAGCAUGAUAGUGGACAUCAUGCACAUCGUCAACAAGUCCAGCUCUUUAGAAACGGAUGAAACUCAGUAUGGACGAUUCAAUGUGAAACUUUCCUUUUAUGAAUCACCAUCUUUUUCAAGCCCUGUGAAUACUUUCCCAUACUUUGUUGACCUAAACCAGGACUUAUACAUUCAAGCCACUCUCUACAGCCCUGAUCCAAAUCUGAUGUUGUUUAUAGACACGUGUGUAACAUCUCCUGAUUCCCAUGACUUUACAACCGUGAAAUACGAUUUAAUCAAGAAAGGGUGUGUAAAAGACGAUACCUUCACUGCUUACUAUUCAUCAAACAAAAAAAUUGUUCAGUUCCAAUUUAAAGCCUUUUCGUUUUUUAAUGGAUACUCUACAGUUUACCUCCAGUGCAAAGUGGUGGUGUGCAAGGUGUACGAUUUUUCUUCCCGAUGCUACCAGGGCUGUGUAUCUAGGAACAAGAGAGAUACAAGUUCUGGCCAGGAAAAUGUGAUAGUUGUUGGGCCAGUUAAGCUCAAGUAAAAGAAUCCCAGUAACUCAGAUGGGCAUAUUGUCAGUUUAAUGUGAUGUUAUUUCAAUCGCUUUUAACAUCAAAAGGAUUGGUUCAUUGCACGAUUUCCUGCUGAUGAGCUCUAGUAGCAAUUUUACCAGCGUAGCAAACUCCUAAUAAACAUUAGAGUACUUGCUUAGUGAUGGUAUACAUCUGAAUAUAUUCCUUAUCUGUCUUUACCAUUCCCUAAUUUCAAAUCUUUUGCAUUUACUUCCUAGACUUCUCUUCAAUAAAUAAUCUUGGUUAUAAAAGUACAGGUGAACCAGAUGAUUGAUUUUCUGAUCUAGACUUAGUGACAACAGAAUCUUCUUGUGUUUAUUCAAAUUCCCCCUUUGUUUUACAUCAUACUACCAGCUGAAUAGCAUAAGUGUUUAUUGUUUAAGAACAAUUAGCAUAUAUUUUAAUUAUAUAACUAUAUGUUUAUCUCAACUCACAAUGAUUCACUGAUGAGCUUCAUACUUGAAAAGAUGAAAAUAGAAGCAUCUGUGUUUAUACUUAUUAAAGAUAGAAUAAAUGCAUUAUAAUACUUGAAAAUUAUGGAGAUGGACACAUUAAAAUUGCUUAAAGAGAGGGACAUUAUAUGGUGUGUAAAUUCUAAAUUCUGCCUCUAAUUUAAGAGAGUAGGAGCUUCAUGUUUUAUUUCUUGAACUAAAUUGAGAUGGGAAGUCAAAUGCAGUGGAAUUAAUAUUUUGUA